ACUACAAUUACUUGGAAUUCAUGAUGCUAUGUUGUUGAUUUCUAGUCAUGUUCACUAUCUUGUAAAUACAAUUAAAUGCCAUGAUAAUUAAUCUCUUUUUAGAUCUUUCAAAUAAAGCCUCAAGUUGACGUUCAAGUAUUCUAACUUGCCAAGGAAUUCUGUAUCAUUGGUUGCAAUCUGCUGAAGUGCUUCACAACGAUUUGAAGUUUUCUUGUUAUAGUUUUCCUAAGACAGAUGCAAUUGUUGUUUUAUUAUUAUUGUCAUCACAUCCUUUCUAAAAUUGUUACUUAUAAGUUCAUCCUCUGUUUUAAUACUAGUGGUUCUUGUGCAACUUUCCUGCAGUACAUGAAUAGUUUGACUUACUUAUCCAGUGAGGCUUUUUCCUCCAUUCCGAGGGAGUUGGUACCCGAGUUACAGAGAAUGCUUUCUGCAAAUGAGGCUAUCAGGCCGUCAGCCAUGGAUUUUACAGGCUCACCUUUUUUCCGGGAGGAUACUAGGUUGCGUGCUCUCCGCUUCCUGGAUCACAUGCUUGAGAGAGAUAACAUGCAGAAAUCAGAGUUUCUAAAAGCAUUAUCAGACAUGUGGAAGGAUUUUGACUCUCGUGUAUUGCGGUAUAAGGUUCUUCCCCCUCUGUGCGCAGAGCUUCGAAAUUUGGUAAUGCAGCCAGUGAUCCUACCUAUGGUUCUGACCAUAGCAGAGUCUCAGGAUAAAAACGAUUUUGAGCAAUCGACCUUACCAUCUCUUGUUCCAGUCCUGGAUAUGGCUGUGGGUGAGACAUUACUGCUACUUGUGAAGCAUGCUGAGCUUAUUAUCAACAAGACUAGUCAGGAGCACCUAAUUUCUCAUGUCCUGCCUAUGUUCGCUCGAGCUUAUGAUGAAACCGAUGCACGCUUGCAAGAGGAAGUUCUGAAAAAGACGGUUUUGCUUGCAAAGAAACUUGAUGUUCAGUUAGUGAAACAAGCAAUUUUGCCCCGUGUUCAUGGCUUGGCUCUUAAAACAACCAUUGCUGCGGUGAGAGUGAAUGCUUUAUUAUGUUUAGGUGAUAUGGUUCACAUGCUGGGUAAGCAUGGUGUUUUCGAUAUCUUGCAAACGAUUCAACAAUGUAUUGCUGUUGAUCGUUCNUACAUUUACGAGCACCGCCAACAUGAGGGAUAUAGCCAACCAAAACUUGGCCAUGAGGGAACUCAUGGCCUAAAUGCAAGGCCAGGGAGGCUUCCCCAUUCCUCCAUACGCCCCCCGUGGGCACUAUCAGUAAGAGGACGAGGUCCAGAGUCAUAG